ACUAUUAAUAGUACUAGUAUGGCACAGCGCGAUCCGGCGGCGGCGAUCUCCAUGCACCUCGGCGUCAAGAAGAGGAAGCACAAUGAUACAUCCAAGAGAACUACCAGUGGCGAGCUGGCGUCAUCGUUGGCUCCUUGCUUCCUCUCCCAGUCGCAGCUUGAAGGCAUGUCCGACUACGAUUACGCCGAUAUGGACCAUAAUGCUUUCUCUCCGUCACCCCAAGUUAUGACGUUGGAGGAUACGAUUCUCAAGGUCAAAAGACUGCAGGCCGAAGGCAACACCCUCGCUGAAGCAGGCCUGUUCCAGGCGGCCAUCGCGCGAUGGCAACACGGACUCGACAUCGACCCUACGAACGGCACGUUGUACGAGCUGCAGGCGCAAGCGUACCUUGCGUCCAACGACGUCUUCCGCAGCAUUCAGGCCGCGUCGAGGGCCACAGAGCUAUGUCCUGAGUGGAGCGAUGCGUUCGCGACGUUGGCCCAUUGCCAGUUCAACUUUGGCGAGUUGGAGCUAGCCCACGCCGCGUUGUCACAGGCGUUGCUGCUGGAAACCGACGCUGGCCAACAACUCGAAUGGCAAGUCGAACUGGACGAGAUGGUGGCCUUGCUAGCAGAACAAGCCCGUCGCGUCGCCGCGGCUUGUACGGUCACGACACCAUCAUCAUCCCCAGACCAAGACCAAGUGCGCACGUGCAAAGCCAAUCUAUGUCGACGGAGCGUGCACUGGUCCUAACGAUACUACAGUACUAGUAUCUAUGCCAGUACAUUAAUAUACUGACUGGUAUUGUCCAUUUUCGU